UCAGGCAUUGUUCCCUGCUGAUGUGAUUCAAACGGUGAAACAAAACUACUAUGUCGAUGACUGUUUGAGGAUGCACAUCCUCAGAAGAAGAAGCUGUUCAGUUGGUUGAACAACUUACAACUCUCUGUCAAAGAGGAGGAUUCAAUCUGACUAAGUGGGUAAGUAACAGUUGGAGGGUGCUGCAGGCUGUCCCAGAGGAACACAGAGCUAAGGACUUAAAUGAACUGGCUCUGCACACCCUAAAAGACCAGGUAGCCAAUCAGAGCAUGGUCAGUCAGGAGCAGGUGGAUGACAUCCUGCAGGAGAAUGAUGCUCUGAGGACUAACCUAGCUGCUCUAGAACAGAUCCAGAUGGUGAAGACGCAGGAGAUGAAUCUGUUGCGCGAACAGCAGGAGGCGCUGAUGGCCAAACUGCAGCAGACACGAACCGAACAGGAGAGUCUGUUGGCCCAGAGAGACAACCUGGAAUCCCAGGUGCAGGAGUCUAAUUUUGCCAACAGGAAGUUGUUGGAGCAGUUAACAGAAGGACAUGAGAAGGAAAAACUGUUGAGAGAGUUGGAUGAAGCCAAGAAGAUGGCAGAGAAGAGGAAGUCCAUGUUGGAUGAUAUGGCUAUGCAGCUGAACCAGGAGAAGUCCGACCACAAGGAGGUGCUGUCUGACCUCAAACUGCACCAUGAGAAGGAGGUUCUGGUGGUGAGGGCUCGAUAUGAGAAGGAGUUCAGAGGACUCCAUGAAGACAAGAAUCGCUCUGAGGAGAUCCAACAGCAACUCCGAGAUGAAAAGGCUCGGAUCAAAGAGCUGGAGGGUCUACAGCAGCAAGUGGAAGAGCUGCAGACUCAGGUCCAGUCCAUGGAGGGAACCAAAGGAUGGUUUGAGAGAUGACUGAAGGAGGCUGAGGAGAACAUAGAGAAGAAAACUCUUGAACAUCAGGAGGAGAUCGAUCGGCUGCAGAAGGAACACACACUUCAGUUGAAG